CCUGUCAUACAGGGUCUUCAGCCCUGUACGACAACAUUUCCACGUUAUCUAAAAAUCAACUAUCAUGAAGAUAAACACCACGCUGUUCAAAUCCAGUGUCUGCAGAUCUGUGUCCCUGUAUAUCCACACACCCAGUUCAUGUCAGACCCGGUCUGACAGCAGGCUUCGCUUCCUGCUUCCUCAACAAGAGCACAGGGAGGUCUGCAAGACGGAGGACCUGUAAAUACAUGUAAACGUAGGAUCCCUGAAGCUGCAGAGUCCAACAGAAAACGAUCGCUUGGUGUUAAAUCCGGAUAAACGUAUUAAAAUCCAUUAAUCUGAGAGGUGGACUCGCUGGAUCCACUCGGGUCCUGAUCCUCUGCAUCCUGCUAUGGGCGGCGAGUCUGUCUGGAGAUAAACACACUGAUUCAGACUGGCACCAGUCAUGGGACCCCAUCAGAGCUGGUUCCCUCGGGCCCUCUGCCAGGACAAGGAACCCCCCGGGCCAGACCAGGAGAGGCAGAAGCGCUGGGCUGAGCUGUUUGAUCAGCUGGACCUCAACAAGGAUGGACACAUCGACAUCAGUGAGCUGCGGGCAGGGCUGGCUGGCCGAGGGCUUUCUAGGGGCUCCUUGGAGAAAAUGGUGAAGGCGGGGGACACAAACAAGGAUGGAGUGCUGGACUUUGACGAGUUCAUACAUUAUCUCCAUGCUCAUGAAAAACAGCUCAAACUCAUGUUUAAAAGCCUGGACAGAAACAAUGACGGUGAAAUUGACGCAGCAGAGAUCCAGCACUCUCUACGCUCCAUCGGUGUGGACAUCAGCCUCAAAGACGCAACAAGGAUUUUACAAAGUAUAGAUAAAGACGGCACCAUGACCAUCGACUGGGAUGAGUGGAGGGACUACUUCCUGUUUAACCCUCUCAGUAACAUGGAGGAGGUGGCACGAUAUUGGAAACGCUCAAUGAUGUUGGAUAUUGGUGAGCAGCUAACAGUCCCUGAUGACUUUUCAGAGGAGGAGAAGAAAUCUGGCUAUGUGUGGCGGCAGCUGAUGGCCGGAGCCAUAGCUGGGUCUGUAUCUCGGACUGGGACUGCCCCCUUAGACCGUCUGAAAGUCUUUCGGCAGGUUCAUGGUUCUGUUGAUUUUAGAGGGAACGUGCUGAGUGGUUUUCAGCACAUGAUUAAAGAGGGAGGACUGCGGUCCUUGUGGAGAGGCAAUGGUAUGAAUGUUCUUAAAAUUGCUCCAGAAACUGCUAUCAAGUUCACGGCUUAUGAGCAGAUCAAGAUCGUGAUCCGUGGCAGAAAUGAAAACAGAAAUCUGAGAGUUCAUGAGAGAUUUGUUGCUGGUUCUCUGGCCGGAGCUACAGCGCAGACCGCCAUUUACCCAUUGGAGGUGCUGAAGACGCGCCUCACACUCAGACAAACUGGUCAGUAUUCAGGAAUCGCAGACUGUGCCAAACAGAUCCUCCAGAGAGAAGGAGUCAAAGCCUUCUACAAGGGCUACCUACCCAACCUGCUGAGUAUUGUCCCUUACGCCGGCAUCGACCUGGCCGUCUAUGAGACUCUGAAGUUUUCCUGGCUGAACAGACACAUGGGUUUAGCAGACCCUGGGGUGAUGGUGCUGGUCGGCUGCGGUGCCGUUUCCAGCACAUGUGGACAGCUAGCCAGCUACCCGCUUGCACUGAUCCGCACUCGAAUGCAAGCACAAGCUUCAGUGAAGGGAGCCCCUAAACCCUCCAUGCUGGCCCUGAUUCGCAACAUCAUCACCAAGGAAGGCGUGUCUGGACUUUAUCGAGGAAUUUCCCCCAACCUGCUAAAAGUCAUCCCAGCUGUCAGCGUUUCCUACGUUGUCUAUGAGUACACGCGGAUAAUGAUGGGAGUGGACUUUGAGGGUAGGCGGGGAGGGAAAGGGAAGGGGUAGAGAAAGGUUAGAGGGUUUGGUCUGGCUUUUCAGCUCGACGCACGUAUGCACCUGUUUGCACGGCAUGAGGAGGCGGGCCUGGACUGAGGAUUGAUGCGUGGAUUCAAAUUAAGUUUUCAGGAUGAGUUUAAGAGAAUUGAAAAUGACAGAAAUCAGCUGAUCGUUAAUAUCUGUUACAGUGUGUCUCUCACAUUUGGAGGAUCUGAUCUGCUCUGGCAGCUGCUGUGAUGAGUUUCAUGUGAAAUUUGUGACGUUGUCAUGCAUGUCAGCAGUUGUGUGAAAGCUAAUCAACUAGCGCUGCUGCUGCUGCACUGACUCGGACAGAUGGAUACCUGCAUGAACUUGCUUGAGAGCAAACAGGUAAGAGGUGUAUCUUAAAUUGGAAGCUAUGUUACAUUCCCACAGCAUUAUUUUUAUUUACAGGUGGAAUAUAAAGAAGAUAAAGACUGAUCAGAGGACUGGAUUAGAAAACCUGUUAAUGAGGGAGAAGUGGAAGUUUCUGCACAGCGAUGGACUUACAGGCAGGACUUUCAUUGACACGUCUUAAUGAAUUGUUACAAGUACCAUAGUACAGAAAUGACUGUUUUAUCUCAGAUUGAUGACUUUGUGUAAAGUUAUAAGGGUACGAGACACUGUCAGUAUACUUUUCUAUGAUUACAACCGAACAAAACUCACCAAAGGACUUUAUAUAUUCAAACGCAGGGCAGAUGCCAAAACUACACCGAAGAAGAGUACUCAUGAUAACCUGACCUCAAACUAAAUGAUCAUGUUUUAUGAGUGUUUCUAUGCAAAUAAGUGUGUUUGUGGUAGUUUUCUUCUGUAACACACUACAGGGUCCAGUGCCAUAAUGUAUUUCUUAAACUGUAUGCACGUGAUAUACAGGUUUUAUCAUGAAAUACAAAUGAGCUUUCAUGCCAAUGAACACUUUUUACUUAUCAGUAAUUGUGAUUAACAUGCCAAGAAAUGCUUAAACGAGGCUGCCUUUGUUAUUGCAUUUAGUUUGUUCCCCAAAGCUUUGAACUUGAUAGUCUUAGCUAACUAUUUCACUUCUACAAUUUUGAUUUAAUGGUUCAAUGUAGGCUAACUGAGAAGCUAUGGCUGUGCUAUGUAAUCAUGCAAUCAAAUGUUACUAUAUAAAAAAGGACAGCUCAAUUUAAAUUAUUCAUGGUUUUGAAACAAAUACACUUCUUUUCUUUUUUUAAAGUUAUAUUUGUGGGCUUUUUUGCCUUUACUGGAUAGGACAGCUGAAGAGAGACAGGAAAUGUGGGGAGUAGAGUAGGAAGACAUGCAGUGAAUGGUCGACCGGCCAAGGGCGGAACCGGUGACGAGGACUAUAGCCUCUAUAUGUGGGACGCUUAGACCGCUAGGCCACCAGCGCCCCAACAAUUAUUUUUUUUGCAUCCGUCCAGAUAUAUUUACUAUAAAUAAACUGUGCCCUUUGUUUUAUAUAAA